AUGCGUAUCCCUGGCGGGUUCCAGCUCGAACGAUUGGUCGAACUUUUGGAGGAGGAUCGGGAACCAGCUAAGGCGUAUGUCACGUCCGAACGUAAUCAGAGAAGACCUACCCAAGCACUACCUUGUGAUCAUAAAGCUAUAGCUGCGGAUUCUGUAACAGCUGCAGAUUCGUCGAGAACAUCUGCCCCGCACUGGGAAUGGGGACAGGGACUCGCACUAGCCCUAACACCUUUCGUCCUUGAGAACAUCGACUCAUCUCAAGGUAGUGGUCGGCCUUCCUACAAAGCGAAGGAUUGCUUGACAGUCUUCUGCCUCCACCAGCUCCCUAAUCUUUGCUUCAUCCCAUUGGUCGGUGUCAGUGUAGGUAAGAUCCUUGACCCAAAGGUGGCCAUUGCUGGUGGGAUCUUUGAGCUUAGGGCCUCUGCCUCUCAAGCAAGGGACCCAAUUGUGAUCUUGAAGUUUAACAGUGGCACCAUUUCUAAUAAUCCUCCUGAGGUGCUAAAUUAUUGUCCUUCACAGCUAGAGCCAACUCUUUGUGAGGAUAUUGUGGAUCUGUCUGCAUUAUCUCAGUGUUAG